AUGGAGGGAAUUUACACAACAAUGUGACACAGCGAGUCAAGAAUACCAAAGUAAGCACCAUAUCAUAACAGCCAAGGCGAGUAAAGAAGAAGAUUAGUGGGACGAUGUCGUUUUGCUUCUCUUCCACGACCCUGUUCCGCUGCAAACCCACACAUGAAAAUACUACGAGUUGUCGUUUCAGAGCUGCUUCUGAUGUUCCUGAUUUCCUGUCUGCUAAUUGGCUUGAAUCUCGCAGAAAGAGGCCAUUUGGUCCAAGAUUAAGUUUUAGUGCAGAAGAAGCUGUUGGGCAUCAGCUAGAUGCCCUGAUGUUCAAUGAUCAACCUCGACAAGAUUAUGGGAUUGAAGUCAUGUAUAGGUUUGCAGGUUUCGAUCCAUUCGAAAGAUCUACCUAUUUUGGACCCUUUUUUGAUUUGGGACAGUUUGAACGAUUUAGACGAAUAUUUCAUCAUUCGAAGUACCGAGUAUUGCUUGGUCACAGAGAGAGAAAGAUCUUAAGUAGUUUGCAGGUUGAGGAGAAUCUAUACAAGCAGCGGGUAUGGAUACUAGGAGCUCGGCCUGAGGAAGAGGAAACAUUUCAGUUUACUAUGGUUCAGAAUGAUUGUGGAGAAUUCGUGACAGAAGAUAGGGUAAGAAAAAAUCAAAAACAACAAAGGAGGGAUUGGGAGAUAGAUCAGCUUCGAUGUCUUGCUCAAUAGGCUUACGCUUACCCAUGAGCAGAUGCUGAUUCUUGUCACCUUCUAAGGAGGGCCUUCUGUUCCAUUGCAGAGUCUACAUUGCUAUAGUCUAUAAACUAAUUAAACAUUCCUUACUACCCUUUAUAAUUUUAUAUAUAUAGAUACUAUUCUUUCAAUAAUGAAUCACAUUGUAUUUUACAUUUAAUUUGCUGUUGAAUAUAUACCCUAAUGUGGACAUGGUACUAAGAGAUUUAUGUGUGCUUUGAU